AUGAUACUUCCAGUAGCUGAACAGAAAUUGACAGUUGACCCCCAGAGGGAAUCUAUCGAUGAACUCCACAGAAGACUUGACAUCAUCGGUGGAGGAAUGCUGUGGGUUAUGAAAAUGUUCGGAGAGUUCUCAACACGUCUGCAGACUCUUGAAACAAUUCUUGGUCAAAAGCUUAAUCGGGAUGUUCAACAGGUUGCUAAACGACCUGCUAAUCACAUUGAGCGCCCUACUUCACGACCGCCAACGGACAUGUGA